ACUCGGCCUCUGCGACCAAAGGUCCCUACCUCACUAGUGUUAUCGCGUUUUCUUAAUUCAAACACAAUGUCGGGCCGCGCCAAACGUGCACCGAAGCGUUCCCGCAAGUAUGAAGAUGAGGAAGCGGAGCUGGAUGAUGAGGAGUUGAGCGAGGAGGAGGUCCCGGUUGAGGACAGCGAGGAGGAGGAGAAGCCAAAAAAGAAGCGUGCACCUCCGCGUCCUAAGAAACAAGCCACCGCGUUUACGGAUGAUAGUGGCUGGUCAUUUGAGCCACCCUCGCUGCUCUACAAGGAGUAUAAGAGCCCAAAGCCAAACACCAAGAUUGCUGCGGUGGACCUGGACGGUACCAUGGUCAACACCAAGAGCGGGGCGCAGUUCCCGCGCGAUGAGAACGACUUCAAGUGGUUCAACAAGCACACCGCCAACAAGGUUAGGAGCUACCACGAGGACGGCUACAAGGUCGUCAUCUUCACCAACCAGGGGGGCAUCAAGAGCGCAGUGACGGGCAAGAUGGCGGAGAAGGUGAAGGGACGCAUCGACGCGGUCGUGGGGGAGCUGGACAUCCCGGUUCAGGUGUUCGCGGCCACGCUGGACGACCACAACCGCAAGCCCUCCACCGGCAUGUGGGACUUCUUCUGCCGCACCUGCAACGGGGGCGUGCAGCCGGACCCCGCCAGCAGCUUCUAUGUGGGCGAUGCGGCGGGGCGGCCGGGCGACUUCGCGGACAGCGACAAGGGCUUUGCGGAGGCGGUGGGGCUGGAGUUCAGGCUGCCGGAGGACGAGUUCGGCCCCAUGGAGGGGAAGAAGGCGCUGCCUCCCAUGAAGAAGGCCGCCAAGGGGGAGGAGGGGGAGCAGGCGGCAGUUGCCAACCCGGACAACGCGGCGCUGGUGGGGAUGUUCAACCAGCUGACUGACAAGUUCUUCGAGGACGCCAAGAUAGAUGGGAAGGCCAAGUUCAAGGCGGUUGCGAGCAAGAAGGUGGCGACCGUGCUAGCCAGCUACCCUGCAAAGGUGACGUUGAACAACCUGAAGGAGGUCGGCAAGCUGCAGGGCGUCGGCAAGGGCUCCAUCGCAAAGAUCCAGGAGUUCUUGCAAACGGGCACAGUUGCGGAGCUGGAGGGCAUUGACGACCUCGCCGGCGUUGGCAAGGCCGCGCCGCAGAUGAAGGACGCUGGCAGGGACAUGGCCAACAAGUUCAUGUAGCUUUCAAGCAUGACUUCUUGUAACGCGGCGAUACAGACUGCACUUGAGGAGUUGGGUCGUAACGGCUGCUGGUAAGGGCGAGUCCCAGUCUAAAGUUGUUAAUGGCUUCUAUACUAUAUGUUGAAUUGUAUAGUGUGUGUGCUGGGCAUAUUGCUAAAAGGUUGAUUGGAAUGAUUGCAGCUUGAAUGCUAACCGUUUGGUUAGGGCUAAAUUUGACUUCUGAAUUAUGCACCUUUAACCGAAGGUUUGCAAUUGUAGGCAGCGUGUUUGCCUAUGACUUCAGUAAAACUUCACUGCUGGUUGCCCAUUGUUGAGAUACGCAUCAUUUGGUUGUUCGGUUCUGAACCGGUGAAUGCAAGUGGAACAGGGAAUCUUACCCUCGCACAUUCGUUUAUUCCGCGACUGCAAAAGGACGGUUUGUAGCUAUGCACAGGAUAGUUAAUGUCACGCGGCGACCUGCCGAACAACGUUCGUUCCUUGCCGCCCGUCCAUCCUUGAGAAGUUGGACCGUGCUGACUGUUGGCACAGCCGGGCGCCAACCAGUUAUUUGCAGCGACAUGUUUGGACUUCGCCUGGGAACCUCAACAGCGUUACAAGGCUCGGCGAGGCGUUUUUCAAUUGCAGCGGUGGACCCUGCCACGCACCGGAGCGCUCUGCAUGCAGUCUCUGCGGUAUCGCAAAGUGCAGUCAAGCAUCUCUGGCUACUGCCCAAGGCGGCGGUAUCCUCCCAGUUAGCACCUGCGCUUCAGAAUGUCUCACCGCAACACCCCAGCCCGGACUCCAGCCCUGAUCUACCGGGCCCUCCAUCCAAUGCGCCUAGCGCACCGGCACUUCCCACUCCGCCGGCCCUUUUAUGGUCAGCCGCGGGCGGUUCCCUUCCCAGCCUGAACACGGCUAUGUCUGCGUCAUACAAUUUCCUGAACUCCUUCGUUGCCCCCUUCAAGGCUAAUAACAAUAACAUGGAAACCGGCAGCAGCGGCAGGGACGCCAACUCACCCCACACCCGCAGCAGCUCCCGAAGCUCCCAGUGCGAACCCAACACGCGCGACUCGCCCCACACCGACACCCACAGCAACCUGGCUCCCGAGAUGUCCUCACAAGACGGCCUCCAGGAGCGCCGCCACUCCUCCUCCGCCAGCAGCACAUCCGGCCGCCCCGUCAGCUCCCUCCACCACCACCAUCAACCCCACCACCGCAAGCAGCGCCACGCCCCCUCCCAACACGCCUCCUCCCGCAACCGCACUCCCCAACCUCACCACAACCACGGCCACCACCAGCAACAACAGCAGCGACACCGCCAGCCCCACCCACCCACCCCGCAGCAGCCCCAGCACCGCCCACACCCCCAACCCCACCACCCCACCCUGCGCCUCAUCGCCUCCCGCCUUCGCUCCCGCAGCCAACCAGGCAGCCGCAGCGACGGCGCGCGGCUGGGUCUGGUGGUUGAAGGCGGUGGCAUGCGCGGCUGCAUCAGCGGCGCCAUGCUGAUGGGGCUGCACGACCUGGGCCUCACGCACGUGUUCGAUGCGGUGUACGGCGCCUCCGCUGGCGCCAUCAACGCCACCUACUUCCUGUCGGGUCAGCGACACGGGCUGCGCAUCUACCACGAGGACCUCACGCGGGGCAGCGCCUUCCUGGACUUCAGGAACCUCUUCUCCGGCUCCUCCCGCCCCGUCAUGAACAUCGACUUCCUGAUAGAGGAGGUCAUGGCCGCCUCCAAGCCGCUAGACUGGGAUGCCGUACUCGCCUCGCCCGCCCCCCUCAAGGUCGUCGCGUCCUGCCUAGACUCGCUGCAGCCCGCCGUGUUGUCGGACUUCAGCGACCGACAGGAGCUGGCAGCCGCGCUCAAAGCCACCGCCGCCGUGCCGCACUUCGCGGGCCCCCCGCGGGUGCUGCGCGGACGCAACCUGGUGGAUGCCGCCGUGUUCGAGCCGGUGCCGGUGCCCUCAGCCAUCCGCGACGGCUGCACGCACCUGCUGGUGCUGUGCACGCGGCCGCCGCCGGUGCGGAGCGCCUGGGCUAAGCGCAUGCAGCACACAAUUGAGGCGCUGGCCAAGACCACCGUCCUCAACGCGCCCUACAUGCGGGAAGCCUGGCGCACCGCCAGCUCGCCCGCCUACGCCAGCCAGGACGAGGACCUGGCAGCCGCGCUCAGCGCCUGCCCGUACGAGUACCGCCGUACGGCGGGGGCGUACGUACUGCCGCUGUACCCGGAGCACACGGCGGGGUGCCACCCGCUGUGUUUGGACCCGGCUACGCUGCUGGCGGCGUGUGAGGUAGGCCGCAGCGCGCUGCUGCGGCUGCUGGGGCCGGU